AUGGCAAGACGUGACCCCCGCGUGCGCAAGACGCGCCUGCAGCUGAGUGGCUUUGUGGCUUUGCACUUCGCCUGCAUGGUGAGCCUCACGCUGCAGCAGGUGCUGAACUGCGAAGGCCGAGGAUUUCAUCCUGACUGGAGCCGGCUGCAUAGUUCUCUGAAGCGGCGCCGGGAAGCAGCCGUGCUGGGCUCCGUGCUGGUCGCAAGGUGGCGGAAUCGAAGCGCCUCAUGUGAGCAGCUGCCCGAAAUCUUGCUGGGGGAGGCUUCCGUCAUGGACCUGAAGGGAUUUUGUCCUUACGGCUUUGCGGUGGCGGCCCGGGCGGCUUCGUGGCGCUCCCGGACGAGGCGAAAGAGGGGCCAACUGCUGGAGGAAGCGCUUCAGUGCCUUUCCAUGGGUGGAAGGUGGUGGCCUUGGAACUUCCAUUCGGACUCGAAGUGGGACGGCUUGCUUGCUCCAUUGGGCCUGUUCUCGGGUCAGAGGACGGGCUCCAACGCCUCCAACGGCUCCGCUUCCAAUCGCUACCUUGAUGAGUACCGCAGGCAACUCACAGCCGCGCUUGUGCAUUCGCCGUUUUCCGUCUCACCCCGUGGUGGCCAAGCUCACCGGAUUGUGCUGUCGGCCUUUGGGGUGCAUACCACCACACUGCUGGAGCCGAUUUAUGCCCUCCGCAAAACCUUGGCGGAUGAGGUGGGCUUGGCAAUGGCGCUCUUCGGGGCAACGCAUCCCAGCGCGGAGAUGCUCCUGGCGGAGGUCUGCCCAGCAUCCCAGUGGCUGUCUUGCUUCACUUCGACCUAUCCUUCAGAUGACUGGUGGAACAAGCUGGUUACCAGGCCACUGGGCACAAUCUUGGACGAGCUUGCCGAAGUCGUUGCCUCCAAUAAGUUCAUUCAGGAAUCGCACUGCCUCAUAUGCGGUGGCGGUGGCUCGCCCACUCUUUGCCUUCUACUUCGCAUGGUGUCGGAGAUGCCAAUGCUUGUCACGCUCCAGGCGCCGCUCACUUUCCGCAUGCCCAGCGAGCAUCGGCAGCUCUUGGUGGCUCUGUUCCGGGAAAUGACAAGGCCAUCCUUGCAGCAGCAAGGGCGCACUGUCAUCAGCACAUCUCUGAUUUACUUGCAGCGCCAAGUUUGGGAGCAAACUGGCCGCCUUCUUCCUGUUGUGCGCAACCACAACUGGUACACCAUCGCCAAUGGCAGGACUGACGCUCCGCUGUCGCAGGUGGAUGUCCUCUUUUGGCAGAACCAUGUGGCCUUGAAGCCAGACGUCACCAUUUGCCUCUGGCGCUUCCUGAAGCAGCUUGUCCCUGACAGCAGUGAUUUUCCAUACAGGCUCGCCUUCAAGAAUGUGAGAAAACUGCCGGCCAAGAAGGAAGGUCGCAAAGUGUUCGCCUUGCCGGCGCACGAUUCCAUUACGACUUACGCUGAUCUUGGCUCCCGCUUUGCGGCAGCAGUGCUGUUCCCGCAUGAUGUCGGCAUGAUCUCCUUUGAUGACCUGUAUGCCAUCAGCCUGCCCAUGUUCAUGCCACAGCAGCAGUUGGUGGAGAAUAUGGCAUUUACCUUCCUGAAGAGCACCAAGAACUACCCCUGGUAUCUGCUCCGGAAGGAGCACGCCCACUUGCAGUAUGCGCGGGCGGACGUGGACAGACCGCCGUGGGAUCCAGGCUGGGGCUGGGCUUCACGCAACUCCUCAGCCUACGCUGGCCGUGAUUCCAAAGAUCCAGAUUUUUUGCGGCAAGCAGUGGGGACGGCAAAUUAUAUUCUGCUGCCACAUGUCUAUCGCUUCAGCUCGAUUGCCCAUUUGUUGCAGCUCUUGUGGCAGACCACUCCACAAGACCUCCAAAGCACGCGGAAGGUCGGCAGCGCCUACACCGUGGAGCGUACUUUGGGUCAGGGCGGUGUUGGCCGUGUGGUCCAGGCAAGCAACAGGCGCACCCAUGAGAAGCGUGCCAUCAAGAUCACAAGCCGGCAGUCAGAUCCCUCAGGAUUCGAGAUCUCGCUCAUGAUGAAGCUUGACCACCCGAACAUUGUUCGAGUUUUUGAGAUUUUCGAGGAGCCAUCCGCCAUCGAUGUGCACCUUGCCGUGGAGCUGUGCCGAGGUGGUCCGCUGCCCAGCUAUGCCAAAGAAUUCUGGCCGCCGCUAGAGGAAGCCGCUGCUGCCGUCAUCAUGUGGCAACUUCUCGGAGCCUUGCACUACCUUUGUACAAAGUCUUUGAGCCAUGGGGACGUUUGCCCGGCGAAUGUUCUUAUGCUUCACUUUGACAAGCCCCCAGAGCAGAACGUCACGAAGCUCAUCGACUUCGGUUCGCAUGCGGGGCAGCGCACCCACGACCUGCCUUCUGCGGGCCUGGUGAUGCGGGCUUUGCUGGGCUGGUGCUGCGGCAUGAAGGGCACCUCGCUGAGAGAGGCCAACACCACCAAGGCCGCAAGCACCUUCGUUUACAGUGAAGGUGGCCUAGGAGUCAGCGUCAGCAGGGCUGCAGCGGACCUCAUGGCCCGCUGUGCAGGAGCUGAGCGAGAUGCGUCGUUCACGGCCGAGAAAGCCUUGCGACACGCAUGGUUUGUGCAAGCCAGGAAGGGGAAUGUGCCAGCGCGGAAAGCCAGAGCAGAACGUCGCAAGAAAGAGGACAAAGACAAGAAGCCUUCGAUAUCUCGAGCUUCCUCAGGGACAAUGUCGGUCCAGUCGUCAACCGCCUCAAGCAUCGCCAAGAACAGCAGCCCCAGAGCCAAGCGGCCAGAGAAGGACUCUGGCGGGAAAGAGUCACCGUCAUCUCCAGGAAGAUCGCGCAGAGCCGCAGGGGUCUGCCCUGCUGCCAGGGUGCCAGCCGGCGGGUGGUGGGGCUCCUCUCCGCGCCUGGAGAGCUUUGUUCCACGGCUACGAGCUUUUUGUGCUGAAAGUUGCUUGGUGAGAACAGUUCUCAUUGUGGCAGCCGACACGCUGGACGAGGAGGCGCUGUCUCCGUUGCGGGCUGCGUUCCUGCGCCUGGAUGGAUGGUGCCCUGACGGGAUGCUUACGGUGGAAGACCUCAGGCAAAGGUUGCCAAAGAUGGGAUGCAAGGAUCCACCUGACCUUGACCGCUUGCUGGUGGAGGCUGACAUUGAUGGCGUGGGCGCGUUGGAUUUCACUGCCUUCGUCAGCAUAGCAGUCGGUGCCAAGGAAGUCCUGGCAUCGGACCUGGGGUGGAAGGUUUUCCAGACUCUGGACCGUGAUCAGGACGGUGUGAUUUCCACUGCAGACCUGUCGGUCUUCAUGAGCCGAGUGGCCUCUUCCGAGGAGAUCUUCGCAAUGCUGGCGGAAGUUGCAAAGCUGGACUUCGCCGGCUUCUCCCAACUCCUGCAGAACUUGCUGGUAAGGGAGCUCGACUUCUCGAAUCCUGAGAAGGAGUGGCGGCAUCAGCUUAGCCCUUCUGCCCUGGAGCGCCUUCAACUGGCAGCAGCUACCAGCGAAGGAACGGCUCAUCCGGAACGCGGUGAUACCAUCAAGGCGAAACUGCGGGUGAUGGAGCUGGAACGCAAAAAGCGGCAAGCUGCCAAAGAAAAGGAGGAGAGAAGAAAGCAGCACAGGUCGAAGAGGGCUCACAGGAAGAGAGUUGCACGUGAAUCUCGUGAAGCUGCCGUUGAGGUCGAGCAAGCGGCCGACCCGCUCCCAUUGAGCUUGAUCAUCGAAAGCAGUCAGAGCGAUAGCUCGGAGGGUACCCUCGGAAUCGAGGAGGACUCCGCGGUAGAUGAAAUGGGGACCUUCAGACAGAUGCUGCAUGAGAACCGCAGGCUGCUUAUUAGUUUGUGA